CUUGCAUGGUAUUAUCGUAUUUUAUCAAUUACUUGUUAAUUGAAAUGCAAAACAACCAUGUUUUCAUAAACAUUCCCAGCUGACUGGUUGUCUAUCCGCGUGUUAUUGUUAUCAGUGGCGUGUUUAUUCGCGCUCGCGCCGGACUCCCGCAUCGUACGACCGCGAUCGCGACGUCAUGACCAGUGUUUGAACUGAAUUCAAAGCGAUUUCAGGGCACAUAAAUUGCGAAACCAGUGGUAGCCUCACUUGUGACGCACUGGUUACUCACAAGCAAGUCGUCACAAACUGCGCCUGCUUUCCAUUUGUAUUAAAUUUAAGACCACAAUGUCAAGUAUUAAAAUAAGUUUCGCGAUAUUAUUUGUUUACGGUAUCUUCGCUCAGAAUUCUUUGGGUUUAUCGCCGGUUGUCUUAAUACCUGGGGACGGCGGCAGUCAGUUAGAAGCGAAGUUAAAUAAGAGCUCAGUAGUUCAUUACAUAUGUGCCAAGACAUCAGCUGAUUAUUUCAAUAUUUGGCUGAAUUUGGAGUUGCUAGUGCCAUUUGUGAUAGACUGUUGGGUGGACAACUUGAAGUUGGAGUACGACAAUGUGACGCGGACCACUCGGAACCCUGCGGGCGUCGACGUGCGCGUCCCGGGCUGGGGCACCCCGGAGCCCGUAGAGUGGCUCGACCCGUCACAUGAGAAGUCUGGGGCAUACUUUAACAGCAUUGCUGAUGCUCUUGUCAAAAUAGGAUAUGUCAGAAAUGUGUCCAUCAGAGGGGCACCUUAUGAUUUUCGUAGAGCACCAAAUGAGAAUGCAGAGUUCUUUGUUAAACUAAAGACCCUAGUGGAAGAUACCUACAACAUCAACAACAAGACAUCUGUGACGCUGCUGGUGCACAGCAUGGGCGGUUCCAUGGCGCUGCACUUCCUGCGACUGCAGACGCAGGCCUGGAAGGACCAGUACAUCCGCCGUCUGCUGUCGCUCUCCACACCCUGGGGAGGAGCGGUCAAGGCACUUAAAACAUUUGCCAUUGGCGACGACCUGGGGUCGCGCGUGCUGCGCGAGAGCGUGCUGCGCGCGCAGCAGAUCACGUGCCCGUCGCUGGCGUGGCUGUUGCCGUCCCCGCUGUUCUGGAAGCCGCAGGAGGUGCUGGUGCAGACCGACAAGUACAACUACACCAUCGCCGACCUGCAGAAACUGUUCAACGAUAUGAACCUGCCGAACGCGUGGGAGAUGCGCAAGGACACGGGCCAGUUCACGACGGACUUCAGCGCGCCGGGCGUGGAGGUGCACUGCGUGUACGGGUACAACAUCACCACCGUCGACAGGCUGGUGUACGCGCCGGGCACGUGGCUGGACGGGUACCCGGCGCUGGCGCCGGGCGACGGGGACGGCACCGUGAACCGGCGCUCGCUGGCGGCGUGCGAGCGCUGGGCCAAGCGGCGCCGGCUCGGCCGCACGCUCAACGGCAAGCCCCUCAAGUCGCUGCCGCUGCCCGACGCCGAGCACCUCACCAUCCUGCACGACCCGCGCGUGCUCGACUACGUCACCACCGUCAUGCGGCAACCAUAAAUUUAAAAGGUGAAAGCCGACUUUGGCGCUCGCUUAGUGUACCUGGCUGUUUUUUCGUGCAAUAUUGUAAAAUAUGUAGUUGUUUGAGGUGCCGUAUGUGGGAAAUGAAUAUCCCUUAGCCCGGUAGAGCCGUAGCCUAAGCGAGCGCCGCGGAAAGAUUCGACUUUAAAAAUCGCAAUUUUCAUUUAGCUUCUAGAAGAGCAUAAUUUCAAUAUUAAAAUUAUAUUUGUUCUGUGAAACCUCGAUAGAAAACUAUUUUAAUGAAAGCAAAAUUUUAAGCAAUAAGUACCUACUUAGAAAUAUCUGGACAUCGCCUCGUGAUGUUUAAUGAACGUGCAGAAUAUUUAUUUAAUUAUUAGAAUACGAAUUGAACAGUUCUCUUCCAGUAACUAUUGUUUAGGAAACUGUAAAUAAUAAUAAGAAAAACAAAUUACAUAUAUGGGAAAUAUUAUGUUUCCACACUGCUCUCUAAAAAUACCAAAUAAUUUAUCAUUAUUCAUUAGAGAUCUACUGAUAUUAGAUGAUAUUAGAAGUUAUGCUUUUUAGGGUUCCGGACCCAAUGGGUAAAAACGGGACCCUAUUACUAAGACUCCGCUGUCUAUCUGUCUGUGACAAGGCUGUAUCUCAUGAACCGUGAUAGCUAGGCAGUUGACAUUUUCACAGAUGAUAUACCAAAAACAGAAUAUAAGUAAUAAAUAUUUAAGUGGUGCUCCCAUACAGCAAACGUGUUUUUUUUUGCCGUUUUUUGCGUAAUGGUACGGAACCUUUCGUGCGCGAGUCGGAUUUUUAUUUUUUAUUUUUUGCAUCAACUUUAUAUUGUUCCGUGCAAUGAAUGACUAGUCAAUAAUAAUGAAAUAUUGCUGUUCCAGUUUUACCGAUAAGCUUAUGCUUUGGUAUUAUAAUAUAUGCAUUACUUGUGUAAAAACAGGGUAGGUAUGUAGUUCUAUUAUCGAUGCUCUCUAACGAAAUGAGAUUUAUUUUUCUCAAUCGAGAAUAGUUUUAAUAAUAAAGAACGUAAAUCAAUUAACAAUUUACUAUAAUCUGGUUCAUAAUUGUACCUAGGUUCAUGGAUUUUAUAUCACUAACUCUACAAAGAUAUUUGGAAUCCAUCUGAUUGAUAAUACUCCCAUUUACCCAACAUGUACCCCUGUCUCAGGCAGCAGGCUUAGCACAGUCGAGUUGUGGCGCUCCUGUGCUAAGCCCAGAUCACAAAUAUUUUAUUUAUACAUAACCUGCCUAACUAUUCCCAGUGCCCAUAGAUGGGAAUAAAUAGUAUAAAUACAUUACUAUCUGUGGCCUGCGGGGACAAAUGGCGAAUAUACUGAAGUUUUAUCUAGAAGGUAAUGCUUGUUCUUGUUAAAUUCAUUUCCCUUUACAUAUCGACAACAGUUUUAUUUGUGUGUGGCCUAGCUUUGCCGACCUAGUCAAUAUUGCCAAUUAUCAUUUAGGACAAAUAACAUUCGGAUUGACUCGAAAACAAAAGUAAUAAACCUAAAAUAGUAUAAGUGUUUAUCAAUUAAUUUUCGAUUAGUUUUUAAACCAUUUCAGUGAUUUUAGGUAUAAUAAUAAUACUCCAGUCCAUAGUCUUCGUAGUAAUUGUUAGUACUAAUAUUAAUAGCGGUAACGUGUCCAGCCAAGUUCAAAGAAAAAGGAAGAAGGAAUGUAUAUUACACGAACCAUUUCGAGCUACUUUUGACCCCUUCACAAUUUGAAACCUAUUUAACCUACACAGAUGAAAUUUGGCAUAUUUAUUCAAGCCCCUUAGCUUGUCUAGAAUACAAAAUUUCAUUAACGUAGCUCAAACAGUUAUUGAUAAAUUAACGUUUAAAAACAGGCAUUUUUGUGACUGACUGAUCAAAAACCUAACCCACUUCCAGAUGACCUAGAAACUUGAAAUUUACUAUCAAGGUAGACUAUGAGGUGUAUAUAGAGGAAAAAUCUGAAAUGUGAAAAUUAUUGAUAAUUCGGUGGAAAAAAAUCAUAUACUUAUUGAUAAUUAACAGAUUAAUUUAGACUUAAAGGUCAAAAACCUAUCCCACUUCCAGAUGACCUAGAAAUUAGAUAUUUGGCAUGAAGGUAGACUAUUAGGCGUAUACAAAGGAAAAAAAUCUGAAAACUGAAUUUUUUUGACAAUUGACCGCGCGUUAGCGAGGGUCUCCUUUUCAGCAUGGGCAAAACUGCUUUCAUGUUGAAUACUAGUUAUUUUUGCACAAAAAGUAAUGAUAUCCCAACAAAAACAUAAAUGUGAAAUGAGAGCCAAGUUCAAUAUUAAGAAUGUGUCAUUAAUGUCAUUAUUGACUCGCUGACAAAAAAAUUGACAAUUAUAUGGGUGCCAAGUUCUGUGCUGUGUAGAAAAUCUUGAAAUUAUAAAGGAUUUGUCUUGGCUAGGUUUUACGUAUAGAUCUCGAUUUUUUUGUCGGCGAGUCAAUAAUGACAUAUUCUUGAUAUUGAACUUGGCUCUCUCUCCUGGCGGAGACUGCGACGAAUAUGAGACAUUUUGGAGGAUGCAUACCAUAUUAUCAUGGAGUGUGUCCGAAACGAAAGUGAGAGAAAGGAUAUAAUGAACGAAACAAUGAACGAAACCUUAUUUGAAGUUGGGGGUUGCAACCAAAUUUUGGGGCACCCACUAUCUGAGGAUGCAAAAUGUGUAUAUAAACUUGUUGUGUUAGGAUUACGUAGAAGAUAAAGUUACCUACAUUUAAUUUUGUACACGUACAGAGCGACAUCGUCACAAGUGACCAAGCUCUUUAAAUAAAGUAAAAAAAAACUUGGCUCUCAUUUCACAUUUAUUUUUUUGUUGGGAUAAUUACUUAUCUAAAUAUUCACAACGAUUAAACUUUAUUUUAAAGUACCACAUAUACCAUCAGGAUAUCACACACGAUAUACUCGCCUAUUUUUAAUAGAUUACCAUGACAUGUCUAAACCUAAACGUUAGGUAAGAAUUCUAUCGCUUGAAAUAGUAGGUAAGGAUAUUAGAGUUUGUUUGCAACUCAAACUAAAAUAUAAUUGUAAAAUGGUCUUGCCUUCCUAUAAUAAUUGUAAGGAUUUAAUUUUAAAUAAUUGUAGGUAACCCUUUGUUUGCUUCGUUUUACCCGUUAAAAGUUUUUUUUUCUAUAGUCUGUAUCUUUAGGUAUUGAAAUAAAAGUAAACAAAAUCUUCCCUCAAAUGGCUCCUUAAGCCAGUUGAUCAAAUAUUAUAUUUCGUUCGUUUCAUUCUUCAGAUAUAACAUUUACCAGGUAGUCCUUUAAACCUACAGGCGACUUCUGCACUAUAUUAAGAGACAGUUAUUUGACUAUUGAACUGGUUUUUUUUUUUUUUGUUCAUUCAUUCGUUCCCCUACCCUUCCCGUUCGUUCCACCAUCAUGGUUGCUCACAAGUUAAAAUAUUAACGAUGAUUUAUCGAAACUUUGGU